AUGUCAAUUCCGCUCGUCGCGGCUACACUGAAUAAUCACGCCUCAGCUCAGCAUCACAGAACAGGAGAUAGAUCCUGGCAAGUUAAUGAGAGAGCUCCCAUCGACAACGCAGCAUCAACGGAGCUGCUAGCUCUGCUUGUCCGAUUCCAAGAAACAUGCUUGACGGAAGAGAACGACGAUUGUUUCAACGGAUGCAUCGCUACCAACCUCGGCCUUCUCGGGAAUGGGAGGUUCGAUUACGAGAUGUGGGAGGCGAUGAUCAUCACCACGGUUGCAAGUGACGAGACCCGAGCAGAGGCCGCUAGACUGGGCAAGGAAGCGGAAAUCGUGCUGGCGGGCAUAGAGACGUGCCAGGCCGGAGACGGGCUGGUGCAGAUCAUGGCCCGGCUAUAA